UCCCACGCCUCCCUCGAGGCGGAGUCCAAGUUCCUGACGCGCACUCGCCUCCUCCGCCUCGCUCGCCUGGGGCUGGCGAUCCUUAUCUUCUGCGUGGCGAUCCCGACCAUCGCCUGCGAGGCCGUGGCCCUGCACCACUACCGCCAGACCUCGCGCUACAGCCAAGUCUGGCUCUACCUGUGGCCGCUGAACCUGGACCUGCGCCCGGCCAAGGCCCUGCUCGCCUGUGGCAGUGUGAUCGCGUUUCAGACCCUCAUCUACAUCAUCGCGGCGCUUCUUCCAUCGCCCCACUCCCACAUCCGCCGGCUAAACCUCCUCGCCGCAGUCACGGCCCUUUCGGGCUUCAUCACGGCCCUUGUGGGGUUCGUGUUCGUGAUCUACCGCCCCGGCGCGGAUGGCCGCAACGGGUUCCACGAUACGGAGACCCUCCAUUCGUGGACGUGCAAGUGGAAGACGUCUUCGAGUAGCAGUGGCAGCAGCAGUAACGUCCCUGCGCAUUUCGCGCGGGACUGCGCGGUGACCCAUGCCUCGUUUGUGUUGCUGGGGGUGUUGAUCGGGCUGGAGAUCGUGAUGGGCGUCGUCGCGACGACGGGGCUGUGGCUGGAGCGGAAUGUG